AUGACUUCAACUGGGGGAUGCCUCCAGAUGACUGAGGCCGAUGGGAUGGAAGGGGAGUCUGAUGCCAUGGCCGAGUGGUCCAAGCAGGAAUUUGCCAUCAUUACUGACAAUGUGAUGGGCGACUACGUCAUGAAUAAUAAGAACGGCGUCCGCACGCAUACCUCGGCGUCUACACAGCCCCCAUCCUCACACAGAUUCUCGACAACAGCAAAGACCAAGCGCGACGGAACGCAGGACAAUGUCCUCUUCCUGCACCUCUUCCUCAAGUUCCCUGCUUACACCCCUGCAACUCACUGUUUGUCAUGGUGCGCGACCAGAACCGCUACAGCGGUGCCAACAAGUGCUUGUUGUAGAAGGCCUUUGUUAGUCGGGGACUUGGCGUCAACGCUAAGACUCGAGUGUUUCUCAAACCAAUUCCCUUACAGUAACUUUUUCUAA